AUGGUAAUCCAUUCGGAGCAGUGUCCCCCUCAGGGGCCUAGUAUUCCUGAAUGCGAAGUCAUCACGACUCCUCUCACUCUGGAUCAAAUGCCGAAUGAGAUGGUUCUCAAAAUUCUCAGCACUAUGCCCAACAUCAACUCACUGCAUGCCUUUGCGGCGUCCUGCAAGGCAGUCUAUAACGUCUACGAAUACAAUAAAGUCCAAAUCCUAGCCAAGGUCUUCUUGGACAAGAUAGACAAAGGCGUCUACGAAGAGGCUGCUAUAACUGAGCGCCUGAAGCGAGAGAAGUGGAAGGACGCCAAAGACGGCUGCGACUCGAUUCUUCGCGUGUACAACAGCAAGCGAACCAUCCGCAGCGAGGAUCUCACUUUGGAAAACAUCAAAGACAUGUGGCGUCUUCACAAGAGUGUUGAGUACUUUGCUGAUCGACUACCUACGACCCUUCUCCGAGAACACCCCGUCACUAACGUGAAGGGCCACUUCUCUCUCACUCCAAGGGUUCGGGCUCGUUUUCAAAGAGCUUUGUACCGUUUGUCUUCGCACCUAAUCAUCAUAGAGAAGGUCGACGCUGUUUUCAAUGCUGGUCAAGAUAGUCGUGAUCUUCCUCAGCAUGAUGUGCGGCACAAACUCCCUACAAGAGAUCAAGGCCAUGUUCUCUGGGAUUUCCACACUUAUUACUCUGCAUUCGAAGUAGAGCAGCUGUCCUGCCUCUGCUCUCUUUUGACCGCUGAAAUCGCACCAUAUUUCAAUGACUUCCUCGAGCACGAUAUCGAACUUGGCUCGCGUCUCAACAACUACAUCGAUAACCUCGUUCACCCAGGUGGAAUGAGCCUGAUCUCUCUUGGGCUCUCUUUUUUGCACAGCCUGCUGACAGCCGCCACGCAAGACGACCUCCACGAGGUCGUCCGUCCUGUCGCUGACCAGAUCACAUGGGUCCGUGGCGAACAGCACGUCGCCUUGCCAAAGUUAGAUAUGCGAAAUUUUGGAGAUCUCUUGGAAAUCGGUAAACUUUCGGCCAGCUCCGGUCUCACCUUUUGGGAAAGUGUCGAUCUUUGGGGAAACGGCAAGCCCCUAGACUGCCUUAUACGGACUCCUUUCUUCGACGAUCACGAUAGCGGCCCCGCGAGCGCAUGGUCCGCCAUGAGUUCGUUCAGCAUACACAUGAGAAGCCACGGAGAAGCCGAUGGGCACUUCAACUCUCCAACGGAUCCGUGGGCCUACGUCUUCUGGGACCUCAAAAUGCUAGAGAAUUCCGGUUUCGGAAACCUCAAUGGGGAUGGAGGGAUUGAGAACAAUGUAGUCAUUCCCCAAGGCCACCCAAUUUUCAACACAUGGCAACCAUUGCAGAAGUACACAACGCCAUACGCCAGGAAGAAUAUAAUUCUCUCUGCUCGCGAGAAGUGCAAGAUGCUCGAGAGAGGCCAGGCUGGCUACUUUGACUUUGAAACCUUUUGUGAGAACAACAACGACAAGUGUCUUGUCUACUAA